AUUAUUACCAUUCGUAUAAACUGAUUAAAAAAGGAUUGAUUUAUUAACGAUCAGAGUUUAUGAAACUUUCAUCUUGUUGCAAUAAGAGUUGAUCUUGAUGGGAUCAGAAAGGGCAGCGGUAGGGGAAGAGGAAAAGAAUUGUGUUAUUGAGAAUGAAAAAAAUCCGAAUGCGGAGAAAGAAGUUAUUUCUAUGGGGGAAAAACCUAAUGAAGAAAAUGGAGUUCAUGGAGAUGAUGCUAUGGUUGGGGUAAAACCCAAGUUGUUAUCUGCAGUAAAAAAUGAAACAUCUGGGAAAGUCUUGAGAAGUAAAGAAUCAUCUCAACAGGCUAAGGAGAGUUCAAGAGGCUCGGCUGCAUUGGCGCGUGCGAAAAGGGCAAGUAUAUCUCAGAGUCUCUCAUUCCCUCCCAAAUGUGUUUCCAAAGAUUUGAUGAGGAAAAGCAUUGAUGUGUAUCCUAAGAAAGUGAAUCCCAAGGCCUCACUUCCAAACGGCGCCUCAAAACCGGUCUCCUGUUCAAACCCAACCGGAAGGCGUACCUCCGGUGUGUUGAAGAGUGCUAACAUCAAUGCAACUGGCAAAAGAACAACUUUGCCAGCUGCACCAAGUCUUCACCAAUCUAAGCAAGCCGGGAACACUAUUUCUGCAAAUGGAAGAGAGAAAGGCAACAGAAUUGAAGGACCAACUGAUGAAAAUAAGCAACCUAUUAAAUCCAUCUUGCCUCUUAAGGAGAACGAGGAUGUGCGGUCGACUGCUUCAUCGACCAGUGUUGGAGGAUUUUCGUCGAGGUUGGAAGAACGUGCUGAAAAACGAAAAGAGUUCUUUUCGAAGCUUGAACAGAAGAUACAGGCGCGUGAAACGGAGAGGACUAACCUGCAGGCAAAAUCAAAGGAAAACCAAGAAGCCGAGAUAAAGAAAUUUAGGAAGAGCUUAACUUUUAAAGCCACGCCUAUGCCGAGCUUCUAUAAGGAACCUGCUCCAAAAUCAGAACUGAAGAAGAUACCAACAACACGACCGAAAUCGCCAAAGUUCGGCAGACACAAAAGCUCUGCGUCAACAGCGAAUAAUAGCUCUGAAAAUGGAGGAUCAAAUCUGAGCCCUUCAAUGGUUGCCAAAGAACCCGAAAAAUCGCCAAAUGCGGAUAAAAGCACUGCCAUUUCUAAGAAACCAACAAGAAAUGUCCACUCCAAGGCUCUUUCUGGUCAUCUUCCAGUCACUAAGACUAUGUCUAAACAGACCAAAAUGAAGAGCCCUGACCAGAAAAUGUGUCCCCAAGAGCCUGUAAAUGGUGCUGCUGUUGAAGCUUAAAGAGAAGAAAUAUUAGCUUCCAAUAUCUCCUUUGAGUUGUGAAUACAAGCUUUACAUAUCUUUUACAUCCAUAGAGUCCUAAAGUUUAUAUAUAUAUUGUUGUCAUGUGCUAUAAGUUUUCUUCUUUUUUUCCCCACCAAAUACAAAGGAAUUGAGUAGUAAACUGUAUGGUUUACA